AGUUUUUGUUGAAUCACUUAUCAAAGUAUAUCCAAAUUUUUGUAGUGUAGCAGAAAGGAAGGCGGUGCUAGGCGCUUCUUAAAAGAUUCCGAGAUCAGGAUUUUUAAUUCAGGUUAUCUGAGUCUGAGAUUACCCACCCACAGUCACUCAAAAAGCACAAUACACAUCCAACUGCCCUCCAACAUCCCCCCACACUCAAGCACUCACAAGGAAAGGAUAUUUUUAAAUAAAAAAUUGAAGAUGCCGCGGCGUCGACGUCCCCGUUGCAAGGUGAAUCCCUCGAUAGCGAUAAGGAAGAAGAACCAGGAGAACACGUCCAAUCGGCCGAAAGUGGAGCCGCCACGCCCACCGCCCCCGCCGGAACCGCCCAGCGAGGAGCCACCGGAAAUCGCCUCCACUUCGAGCACAGAUUCUGGAACCGAGUCAGAUUACAAACUCUUCCCGGAACUCUAUGAUCGCCAGCCGCCGGUGCCCACGUUUUCGGAUAUUUUUGGCCAACCCUCUUACGGUCUGGUGUUACAAGGACCGGAUUCGAGCAGUUCUCCGAGAACGUCACAUGCAGCAGGAAUCCGGAGUACAGCCGAUGGGAAAUUCACCAAUAUACCGGCCACCAUGCUGAGCGAUCGGUUUGGGAUCAUAGGACUCCUAUCGGCCAUGAGGACCACCCACACGGAUCCGGCAGCCACGCAGCUGGUCUUCGGCGAGGAUCUGACCACCUACGGACUGGACUUGACCGCCCAGGGGGAUAUCUAUGUGCACUUCAACGGACCCCUAACCCGCGAACCACCCGAGAGGAACUCCAUGAACUGCGCCCUCGAGCUGGGCAUGCGGGCCAUGCGAGAUGCGAUAGACAAGUAUCCGGCCAAGGCCCCGAGCUGGGAUCCAUUCGUGCCAGAAACCCAUGACCUAGGUCUGGUGGGUGGCCAGGAUGGCAGCUUCAAGUCCGAACCGGAUAGGAAAACGGAACCUCAGAACCCUACCGAUCAAGCUGAGGAUCCGGAUGCAAGCCAAGGAAGUAACCACGAAAGCUAACGAAAUACGAAGCGACGCCGAGGAUGAAAGGGACCAGGCCAAUUAGGAUAGCAGCGGCAGUUGGUUAGGCCCAUUAAGACUUGGUAAAAUUGUUUAUCUUCGUGAAUUGGUAGCCCUUCCAUAUGAGAACACGUUUGGCUUUAAAUAUAGAAUCGGCUUAGGA